AUGAAAUAUUUAGUUGUUAGGUUAAUAUUAACAGUAUCUUUGCCUAUAAUAAUUGGAGUUGGAGUUGUUUUAACUAUAUUUUAUAAACUUUUGUGGUAGGCUCUUGAUUAAUGGUAGGAAGAUAGUGGCAUAUGGAUCAAUUAAACAUAGUAACAAAUUCUAUACAAUUCUAUAUAUUCGCAAUAGAUUUUGCUAGAGUAUAGCUUUAACUAAUUAGAAUUACAUAUGGUAGCGAUGAAAGGAUUAUUAAAAAAAUAUGAAUCAGGUUAAAUGAUUUAUAAAAGUUAGUCUAGCUAUACAUAUUGCUCUUAUAGAGAGUUUAUGUUUAAUGAAUGCCCUAAAAAUGUUUAUAGCUAAAUAAAUGAGAGUAUAUUCUAUGUAUAACUAUAUUUUGUGAGAUCUGUAUUUAAAUUUGAACUUCUAACUCCUGAAUAAUAAUAUUUUAUUAAAAUGAAUGAAGACCUUUCUUUUUAUAGUGGAGCAGCAUUUUUGGCAUCUUAAUCAGAUGGUUUAAUUUAAAUUAGCAAUAUUUAUAAUUCAGAUACAACUUCUCUAUAGGUAGUAUCUCCAUCUGUAUUGUAUAAUUACACAUAAGCUAGUUAUCAAACAUGUAAUGGAGAUUAAUUUAUUGAACCAUACGAUGCAAGAUGUAGAUUUUGGUUCUAAUAUGCAGAAUAAUACCCAGGUAUUUUCAUUUAUUAGCCUUAUAAUGAUGCACUAACUGGAACCUUAGAGCUAAGCCUUUCUUCUUAAGUUUUAAAAGAUUCUAAAUUUUACUCAGUCCAUACAAUUAAUUUUGUUAUGUAAAAUUUAGUGUAGAUAUUUAAUGGUUACUUAAGUUAAAAUUCGUAUUCAGUACUAUUUCAUGAAUUUAAUACAACAGUUUUAUAUCACCCAUUACUUGUUUUCUACUAAAAAAUGACAUGGGUUGAUGUUGAGUUUCUUAAUAUAAAUUAAUUUUGUAGUGAUUAAUAAGAAAUUCUUAAUCUUUGCUAGAGUUAAAAAGAAUAGCUCUCAAGUUAAGUAAACAAAACAGUUUCAUUCAUAAAAACAGGAAAUUAUUCAAUAGAAAAAUAAUAUAAUUUAGACCAACUUUAUUAGUACUGGGAUAGAUUUGGAUAAAAAUAGUUCGUUUAUCCCACCUUAAAUAAUAUUUGGUUCCAUAAAUGA